UCCCGCCCCGCCCCGCUCCAGCGGCGGCGAGCGGAGGUCGGCGGUGCGGCGGUGCUUUGAGGCGGCGGAUAUGGCCGAUUACUGGAAGUCUCAGCCAAAAAAGUUCUGCGAUUAUUGCAAGUGCUGGAUAGCAGACAACAGACCUAGCAUAGACUUUCACGAGAGAGGAAAGAAUCAUAAGGAAAAUGUGGCCAAAAGAAUUAGCGAGAUUAGGAAGAAAAGCAUGGAAAAAGCAAAAGAAGAAGAAAACAUGUCAAAGGAAUUUGCAGCAAUGGAGGAGGCUGCAAUGAAAGCAUAUCAAGAGGAUUUGAAAAGGCUUGGAAUUAAGCCAGAUGAUGUAGGCCCCAGUUCAACACAGAAUAAAACACAGAGUAACGCAGCGGAAGGUAAAGGGAAGAAGGAAAAGAAAGAAAAAAAGGAAAAGAAGGAAAAGAAAAAAAAGACACGUGAGGGCACCUCAGAGUCACCAAAAACUGAACCAAAGGAGUGGGUGCAAGGACUUUCUCCUGAAGGCUACACUUACUACUACAAUACAAAAACAGGAGAAUCACAGUGGGAGAAACCAAAAGGAUUCCAAGGCAACUCUAAAAAUUCUCACACGGGAGCAGUGUGGGUAGAAGGUGUCAGUGAAGAUGGUCAUACCUAUUAUUACAACACACAGACAGGAGUGUCCACAUGGGAGAAACCUGAUGGUUUUGUUUCAUCUUCAAACGAGAACAGUCAACGUGGCAAGCAUUCUGAAGAAACAGAUUCCAGAACAUCUGAAUCAGACUCUGAACAGGAAGACAGUGAAAGUGAAGGACAAAGUCCGGGAACAAAUUUAAAGAAGAAAGGAGAAAAUGAUGAAGAAUCAGAGAAAGAGAAAUCUCCCAAAGCUAAAAAGUUGAGCCCUUACGGGAAAUGGCGGGAAGUUAAAUGGCAGGAAGUUAAAUGGCAGGAAGAAGCCGUCGAUAAAGAGAAGAUUGCAUUGGCUUCCAAAGAAGCCUCCAGUGAUGAGUCUAAGACUGACACUUAUGGAAAAUGGAAAGCAAUUAAAAAUGAAGAAGAAGAAGAACCUGAUGAAAAAGUGGACCUGGAGCUUCCUAGUACAGAGAGUGACAGCGUGCCACCUCCGGUGCUAGAUGUUUCAGAAGAUGCCACAGUGAUAUUUAAGGAGAAGACAGUGACCUCCCUUGGAGACCUGACAGAAGGGGUGCCAACAUUUAAAAAGAGGAAAUUUGAAAAUGGAAAAUCCAGAAACUUAAGACAAAGACUGGACGAUCAGUAAUACUUAAACCUUUUAGAUACUGCUGAAGCUGGAGAGAAUCAGAAGUUUAAUAUUUUAAACAGGCUUUUAUAAAGAAAAUGUUGGAUAGAAAUUAAGGAUUUAUAGGUAUUAAAACAGACGUGAGUUGUACUAUUUUUUUAUUUUGAUGUGACUGCUUUUGGAAUGGAAGUUUGUGUUAUAUUAAUUAUGCAAUAUUGUAAAUAGACCUAUUUUUUAUUUUAACCACGCCAUCUACUCUCAGUUUGCUCCAUGUUUGCUGUUUUAGAAACAUUGUGUUGGGUUUUUUUUACUCCUUUUCUAAGUACAGGACAAUGAAGUAAUGCUUAAUCUGGGGAAAAUAAUGCAGACCUUUUAUUUUUACACAGGAACUGGAUCAAUGGCGUAGAGAGUAAAAUCAUCCCUCAGCGUUAUUUAUCUGGAACCACCUCUGUUGCAGUAAAUUUUUCUAUGCUUUCAUCCUGUAUAUUUUGCUUUGUUGCCUCUAUUUGAAUUUUCUUUUUACACAUCACACUUUCUUUCUUUUUAACCUCGUUUCCUUUUUGUCUCUUUCUCUAUUGAAAAAUUGCUUGAUAUUGUCAUGAAAAAAUAUUCAAAAGAUUUAUCCCUGCUGCAGAGUACAGCAACCUUUUUGAGGCUGAUGGUUUUUCUCUUUUGCAAGAGGAAUGAGCUGAGCAGUUGCAGACAGCGUUAGCUAAGAUGAGAGGGGCUAAGCAUAUUGAAGCUUCAUUAUUCUGAGAGGAAAACAAAAGAUCAAUAAGGGCUGAUGGCUGAAACAUCCUGGCUGGCUGCUCAGGUUUUUAGCAGUUGACUAUCUUAAGGAGUCUAAGUUUGAUUUCAUAGGUCUUCACUAGCAUUAUCAAGAUUCAUUGGCUGUGUGAGAAGACAACACUACAUCCUGCUUCCCUGGGUACCAAACAGUGAGCCGCAAAGUUUCCAGUCAUGCAACCAUUCAAAUAUGUGUCUUCAUUUCUAAAGCUCACAGCUCUUUGCUCAGGGGAACCUCAGUCAGAAAGCAGAGUUAAGGCAGUUGGUGCAGUCCAGCUACAGCAAAAUACAGUUGGAAACUUCUGAACUUGAUUUCCUUGAGAAAAUGACCUCAUCUGUCAGAUCAGCUGACACAGGAGUGGGAAUCUGAUCUAUCAUAUAUUGCAAAGGAAGCUGAGGUCCUUUCUUUUAAUUUUUUUUUCUACUUUGUGAUGUUUUGUGUGCCUGUAUGGAAGAGAAUUAAGUAUUGAAUUUAAUCCUGUGGGUUUCUUUGGCUUCUUUGUAGAGGUUGUAUUUCUUCUGAUGUUUAUUUUGAGAAAUCCAACUAUUUUCUCUCAUGUCCAGCUCUGCAUUUUCACUCAGAGGUGCAGGAUGACUGCUGGCUGCUCUCACUGUCGUAGAUGCAAGAAUAUGUACUUCUUCUCCACGUGAAAGGCUAGAGCAGAAAUCUCCUUUCUCCUUUUCUCCUGUCUCGGCUGCACACUGCUGGCAGGUCAAGGCCACACGUGAUGCCACCAGUACUUCUGUAGAGUAUUGUGAGUAAUUCCUGAUACAUCCCUCAACCACAUUUGCCUUCCACAUGAUCGCAUCGUGCUGUGUGCUGCAGGUGCCCUGUGACUGACCACUACAAGCAGCUCUUUCUGCUCCUCUGCUGCUGCUAACUGCUGAGGUAGCAGCUGAUCAGGCUUUGCCUUCGAGAACAUUUUUUUUCUUACGAGUUUUUUUCCUGCUGUACUCAUUCUGUGCUCUGUCCUUCGCCCUGCAGUACUUGUAUUACUCCAAGCAUGAAGUAAAUUAAAUGAUUUUCUUCUCAGUGCUCUUCUGUAGGUAUCAGUUCUCCGAAGAAGACUUCUUUCCUUUCUUUAGUGAGGUUCCCAAAAUAUUAUCAUCUGUUCUCAGCAAUGUUUUGUCGUGUUGAAUGGUCACAGGCAGUGAUUUGUGGUACCUGUAGUUAAACUCCUUAAGCAGAUGUUGAAAAACAUCUGAAAAUACAGGCGUUCAAAACUUGCUUCCUUGAGCCGCUGUUAGCAGUAAUACAAACCAAAGGUCAUAAAGUACUGCGUUUCAUCAAUAAGCCAAAGCAAGUGUUUGCAUU